CUCGUUGAAUCGCUGUUUCUCCCCCUAAAAUCUUUCUUUCUCUAAAAUCUUUCAGUCGACUAAUGAGUUCUGAGAGAGAAAGAGAGAGCUGCAAUUCUCGCCACUUCACAUGGCUCAUGAAGUCAUGCUUCCCCAGCCCAAAUGACGCCGUUGCAAAACUCCCCUCACCACCGCAGCCCCACACUAACACCCCUGCGCCCGUCACCACCCUAUCCUCGCUUCCCGACGACAUCGUUUUGGACUGCCUCUCCCGCGUGCCCCCCGCCUCCCUCCCUGCCCUCUCCCUCGUUUGUCGUCGCUGGUCCCGCCUCCUCCGUUCCCCCGCCUUCUCCUAUCUCCGCCGUCGCCUCCACCUACUUCGCCAUACCACCGUCGUCCUUGCUGCCACUGACCGAGGCCUCUCUGUCGCCACGCUCCUCGACGCCGCCUGGCUCCCUUCUCUUUUGGUUCCCUGCUUCGACGCCAUUUCGCUCCACGAAUUCCACUUCCUAGUCGCCCACGCGCGCGCGUGCUCCAUAGGUCCCAGGAUCUACCUCGUCGGCAGAAGCACCACGCUGCAGUACGACACGUGGACUGCGUCGGUUUCAAUGGGCGCUGCCACGAUUUUCGCGCGCAAAAAAUUUGCUCUCUCUUCCGUCGCCGGGAAAAUCUACGUUGCCGGUGGAAGUUCCCGGACGGCGGCAGUCGAAGAGUACGAUCCCGAAACCGACACGUGGGUCGUGGUCUCCAACGCGCCACGUAUGCGUUACGGCUGCCUUGGAGUCUCGGUUGAUGGGAUCUUUUAUGUCAUCGGCGGAUUGAAAAUUUGCGCAUCGACACAGAACCUGCUCCCACGCGCUUCUUGUAGAACUGAGGCCCACGCGGCGUAUGCGAGUUCCAUGGAUCUAUUUGACGUGGAGGCGCGUGUGUGGCUCCGAAGUCGCACUGUUCCUAACGGAGGCUGUGUGGUGGCGGCUUGCGCUGCGGCUGGGCGCUUGUACGUACUCACCAGCCACGCGGUGGAGUUUUCGUUUUGGAGCUUUCACUUACGGAAGAAAAGCGGCAGUGGAAAAGGAUUUGGAGAGUGGAGUAGGAUAAAGAGCCCGCCACUACCGGCUCAAGUUAGAGUCGACACGAGAAUGAGGUUUAAUUUUGUAGGUAUUGGCGAUAAGGUGGUGCUGAUUCAGAGUUUGAAUGAAGUGAGAGGGGUGAAAGAGGGCUUUGUUUUGCUUUAUGAUUGCGCCACCGGAGAGUGGCAGAGAGGGGCGGAUUUACCGGAUGUUUAUCGACGCGCAACUUAUGUGGGUGUGGAAUGCUAACAUGCGCCGACCAUGUGGCAUCAUUGUAGUGUCACUAGCAGACAAUGGUUGCGUGAGGCUUCAUGGGAUAGGGUGUACCUAAGAAUAUGUGGUCCCGUGCGUGAGCCAUUCUGAUUGGCCUGUUCUCUGAUAUGUAGUUUCCAUUUUUAUUAUUAAAAAAAAGCUAAAAAAUUCACAUCUAUUGUUAAUGAAUGCAUCAUCAUGUUCUUAAAUUCGUAAUCUUGUUUUUUCUUAAAGAGUUUGAUGUUGUACUAGUUUGAUUCUUUGAUAGGAAAUUAAUUAGUCCCUUUUGUACCAGAUGUACGGAUGAUCAUAAUGUCACGGGAGUAGUUCAUCUGGCUGGACGGUUCUAGAAUUAUCUUGAUCAUACCGAUACGAGUGAAUGAUUGAGAAAAUUCUGUAGUUAUUUAC